ACAAAUGGCCGUCUGUCUCCUGAUGUAGUUCUGAGUCUGAUUGGGCUUCCUGAUGUGCUCUGUGUUCCAGUGAUACAGGGUUGGUAUGGCUGGGGGGUGACUUACACCUCUAAGGAGAUCUGUGCUGUUAAAGGAUCAACAGUGGACAUAACCUGCAGCUACAAAUACCCAUCCUGGGGGAAAGACAGUACUACUACAGUUAAGACAAAGUUAUGGUUUACUAAAAUGAAUAAUCAUGAACCUGUAGAUCUGAAAACUGACUCAGAAUAUUCAGGUCGUGUGCAGUACAGUGAUAAUAAGAAGAUCUGCACUCUGAGAAUCUCAGACCUGAGAGAGAGCGACUCAGCUGUGUACAAGUUCAUGUUCACAACAAACCAAGAAGGAGGAAGAUAUACUGGUUAUCCUGGAGUCACUUUGUCUGUUACAGGUCUCCAGGUGAUAUCACAUUCUAACAGGCUGGAGUGUCGGAGCAGUUGUCGUCUACCUAAUAAUCCUUCCUAUGUCUGGUACAAGAAUGGACAGGAGAUUCAGACAAAAACAUCUUAUUAUUUAAAGGAGUUGUAUUAUUCAGACAGCUAUUCCUGUGCUCUUCAAGGAUAUAAGGAGUUCCCCUCUCCUUCAGUGUGUGUCCGAGGUGAAUCCUGCAACAGAGUUACGUACACUGACAGAAGCAUCUGCGUCUCCAGAGGCUCUUCAGUGGACAUUUCUUGCCUGUACAACAGCUACAAUUAUCAUAACACAUCAUCAUUCUGGUUCAGUCGUGAUCAUCGAGGGCAGAAUCCUUCCCAGCCUGGAGACCUUAGUAAAGACUCCCAGUAUGAAGGUCGUGUUCAGGUAGAAACAGAGAGAGGACGCUCCACUCUGAGAAUCUCUGACCUGAGAGAGAGCGACUCAGCUGAGUAUCACUUCAAGUUCAUAACACCACGCUUUGAAUGGAGGAGCAGUUUACCUGGAACAACUCUGACUGUCACAGCUCUGCAGGUGCAGGUGAUCAGAGUAACAGUCUAUCAAUCUCGGACCUAUGCAGAGCUGAAGUGUCUCAGCAGCUGCAGUCCAGCUGGUCCUCUCCCCUACGUCUGGUUUAAUAAUGGAAGACACAUAACCUGGGAGAAGACAUCUACCAUUACAGUCUGGUUUGAUCCCUCAGACGUCUUCUCCUGUGCGUUGAAAGGACAUGAGAAGUCCCCCUCUCCUUCAGUGUAUGGUCCAAAGCGCCCCUCUGUGUCAGUGAGUCCCUCUGCUGAGAUAGUGGAGGGCAGUUCAGUGAAUCUGACCUGUAGCAGUGAUGCUAACCCAGCAGCUAAAUACACCUGGUACAAGGAGAAUGUAAACUUUAGACCUCCCAGUGAAGAUCCACAGCUCGUCUUCAUCUCCGUCCAGUCCUCUGACUCUGGACAGUAUUCCUGUACAGCUGAGAACAAACUUAUGAGGAGGAAAUCUAUUGACUUCUCUGUUAAUGUGAAAUAUGGUCCAAAGCGUCCCUCUGUGUCAGUGAGUCCCUCUGCUGAGAUAGUGGAGGGCAGUUCAGUGAAUCUGACCUGUAGCAGUGAUGCUAACCCAGCAGCUAACUACACCUGGUACAAGGAGAAUGAAGACUCACCAAAAGCAUCAGGACAGAUCUUCACCAUCACUGAUGUUAGACCUGAACACAGUGGGGAUUAUUCCUGUGAAGCCCAGAACAGAAGAGGACGUCAGAGCUCCACCUUACAUCUGACUGUUGUAACAGGUUCAAUGAAAUCAGUAGCUGCUGGAUCCAUCACUGCUAUUUUCCUGGCUAUCAUAUUCCUCUGUGCCUUCCUAUUUAUUAGAAGAAAGAGGUCAUCUAAACGAAUCACCGAGCAACGAGAGAGACCAGACAACCAAGCUCAGGAACACAUGGGUUCAGUGUAUGACAGCCCUUCAGCUCCAGUCCAGAGAACUCCAGCAGAGCAGCAGGACAACCUUUGCUAUGCCAGCGUGAGCUUCUCUAAAAACCAGGAAGAGGCUCUCUACUCCAACAUCAGGCUAGCUCAGCCCCCCCGACACAAAGAGGAAGAGGAGGAUGAGGAUGUGGAGUACACUGCUGUCAACUUUAAGAGGGCCAGUGCUACCACAGAAUCAGGAACUCAAGAGGCUGCGGAGGAUUUAUCUGAACUGUACAGCACGGUCAGCAAACACCCAAGAGUUUGAUCACAACACAACUCUUUGGUUUCUUUAGCAGUGUUCAAGCAAGUCAACACACAUUUAUCAAUAUAUGAAGAUUGAGUAUUAAGCAUUGUUAUGACAUGCAGCGAUACGUCUCUAGUGGAAUCAGUUAACAGCUGGCGAGCUUUUAAUUCAUAAAUACACAAUAUCCUGAAAAAGGAGCAAUGUUCUAUUGCCAGUGAUAACAAAUCUUGUCAAGUACAUUUCUUUGUAAAUUAUAUUUCUUUAUCUCCUGUCUUAUCUGUUUAUUCUUAUUUAUUUUCCUUAUUUGUUUUACUUAGUAGGGCACCAAUUUAAAAACUUAAAUGGAUUCUUUUUUACUCUGGUUUUGUAUAUUUUCACACUGUUUUUCAUCCUCUGGCUGCAGUUUGAGCCAGUGGAUUAAUUGCACUGAUUUCUACUGUUUAAAUAACCUGAUAUUUAAUUGAAUAAAUAUGUACAAUCACUA